UGGUGGUGCGACCGUUUCUAGCGAGGGAAACCGAUCGUCGUGGAGGAAAUAUUGAAGUUGAAUAUUGUGGUGCAAUUCUAGGGAAAAACGCUGCCCUCUGGUUCCCAUCGACUAUUGUUAAACUUACACGUUUGUUUUCAGCUAGUGAGGUGUGCAAAUUCUACGUGAAUUACGGAUCACAGUUUUCUCUUAUAGGAUCCCGAAUAUUGCCCAUACAAAUAGUAAAAGGGAGUGCACAAACACAGGCAACCAGGUUGCGUCACAGCAGGAACUGUUUGGACGUGGUGCUUUUCCAGUGUAACAAAUCUAGUGUUUACUUUAUAAUAUCUGUCUUAUCUUUCGUUUGCAAAUCCUAUCAGUAAAACGCCCAGAAGAAUUUGGGAUACCUACAAAGUAUCGAGCACAUCAAUUGUGUAGAUACAUACGCACACAUAACAAAGCAAAAGAAGUGAAAGCCUAAUCAACCCUUGCCAACAGAUAUUUUGGGGGAGAAAAAACAGGAACACAAACCACACACAGCAAUGAAGUUGGACUUAUCCAGUGUCGUUCCGAAGGCAACGGCAGACGAUAAUUCUGUCUCGUCGGCCAGCAGCGGUUCUAUCGGUAGCAAUACAAGCGCAACAGUUGAGGAUUCAAGUAUCACGAACGUCAUCAGCAGUGGCGGCAGUAAUAGCAACAGCCAACAUCGGCUAACCGCGGGGCUAGGGAAGCUGCCGUUCGAUAGUGCCUUAAACACCCUAGGAGUUCCCCAGCCGGCACAUCAAGCUAGCAGCGUUAUCAUCACUCGACCGGUAAGUUUGUUCGCCUCCUUUGAUGGUAUCCACAGUGGUGUUCCCACGAAAACGACCCCGACGCUGACGCCAACCACGCUCAAAAACAUUGAGCAAACCUUCAUGGAGCUGACAAACGACAACUCCAGUAACAUUCCCUGUCAGGCCGGUUUUGUCCCACCGGCGUACCCGUUCGAUGAUCACAGUCAAGAUCAGGACAACAGUCGCGAUUCGAUGAGCUCUGGCACCAACAGUUCAUGGCAGGUUACCCCUCCGCCCAUUAUCUCUGAGGAUAUGGACUCGAAAGAUUCCACCGCGUCGCGCGAGGCAACUUCCGAGUCCCGCUUGCUAAUGUCCCGUGCCACCGGUAUGCAGGCAGCUAUCAAUGUGAUGGUCCAGCAGAAUAAUACGGCAGUAAAACUGCUCGGUGCUGAGGGUACCAAUGCAAAUGUAGCGCUUCCUACGCCACGCAACUCUCGACGCAUGGGAGGUAGACGUCCAACGAAGGCAUCGAAUCUUACCCCCGAAGAAGAGGAGAAACGACGUGUCCGUCGCGAGAGAAACAAAAUGGCUGCGGCUCGCUGUCGACGACGACGAGAGGAUCACACCAACGAGUUGGUGGAUGAAACCGAUCAGUUGGAAAAGAAAAAGCAGGCCCUCCAGGACGAGAUCAAACAGUUGCAACAAGAGAAGGAAGAUUUGGAAUUUCUAUUUGAUUCACACCGGGAGCAUUGUCGUUGGCAGGGUCGCCGCAGCCCGCAGGAACGAAAACCAGUCGAGCUACAACAGUCGUUACAGCACGUAGCUACCGAUCUCAAAAUCAUACCACCAAUGAAAAUCAAAGCAGAACCCGAGGAGCUUCCGGAACAGCCACCUGCGAAGAAGUUGAUCCUCUCCAACACCCUGACGGACAGCCUUGACACACCGACACCACUCAGCAUCGCACCGGUUCUGACCAGUGUAAACCUGCCGAAGACGAUGACACUUCCGUUUAGCGCCAGUGUGUUAAAUACACCUACCAUAACCUUCUCCGGAGGUCGUCCAAGCAGACCGGUUAGUUUGGAUGUGAAAUCAACUACCGCCUUUCCGCUGCUGAACGUACGGAAUAUACCGAUGGACACCGGUGUCGGCAUUUCUACGCCCUCGAGCGGACUGUUCAAUUUCGAUAGCCUGAUGGACGGUGGUACCGGCUUGACGCCGAUCGCAGCACCCAUUUCCCUCCAGUCAAAUCGCGGUCCGCUGGAUCUCAUCACGCCCAGCACCAGUGAACCGUCGAAACUGUGCAGCCUGUGAAGGGGUAGGGUAUAUAUAGCAAAUGAAAGCAAUUUAGUUGAGUAUGAACGAGUGUGAAUUUACAGAUGGCGUUGUGAUUUUAAUCUUAACAUUUUAUAAUGCUAUAACGGAAUAUUGUAAGCUGCAUGUCUGAUGUCUGAACGCAUGAGGAUGUGGUCGCCAUUCAGUGAUUAGAUUAUACGCUAUCUUUGUUAUGUUCUUAAUUUGCAAAAGUUUUAUUUUGAACCUUCAAAAUUAGAAAUCAUUAUAUAUUUAUUCACGGUCACUUUAGUUAUAGCUCAAGCGAAUAAAGAUGUAGAAAAGUUUUUUUGUUGAAACCUAAAUCUAUGCUAUUGGUGCCUUUUAUUAUAAUAUUUUCACCUACCUACGGUCUACCGAUUUCUACUACCAUUUUUCGUUUGUUAUAUUUCAUUAAACUAGUUUUCAUCUGGAACAGUAUGAAAAAGGUAAUUGACGAAUAAGUUUACGCGUUAUUUUUAAUCAUAUUAGUAAAGUAUUAAAAAAGUAAAAUCUAGAAACGACAUCCGAGCAGCGAUCCAUUUAUGAAUAUAUUUCUGGAUUCAACUGGAAAUAAGCAGAAAAAAUGUCCAUCCAUUUCUUCAAGAAAACAGGAGUGUACGAUUGAAUAAGUGCAUAAUGCUAGAACGGAAAUGACAUGCAUGAAAGAUAAGGCAGCGUUUCACAAUGCAACGAAAAAAAGGAAGAGAAAUAUUUACAGUUUACUUUAUCUACACAAGCCACCAACAAAAACCUUGUCCUUAUCUUACUCAUUUUAAAUUUCUGUUCGGCGGGUUAUAGCAAAGAAAACAACAGAAACAAAAACGAAAAUUAACAUCAAACAGAAACUUAGCUAUUAGUUGCUUUAUGAUUAAGCGGCAACCCGAAAAUGCCAUACUAUAUCGAUAAUACCAAUUGAAACCAAAAAUUUGCAGAAAAAAAUAACAAUGCUGGUUUUGACUUGCAUUAGAACCAAAAAGAAAGACGUGUAUGUGUAACCUUCGGCGUCCAUAAGAUAAGCAAAUGCGUUGAAUUUUUGAAUAAAGAUUCAACAUCUUAAUAUUUCGUUUAUCAUUUAUACAUCAGUGUAAUUACAAAAAGAGAAUAAAUAAAACUUUGUUAUGGAA